AGUUCACUCAUUUUCUAUUCGCUUUCCAUUGCAAUACUAAAAACACAAUGGGCAAGACAAAGCGCUUUGUGGACAAGAAGAGCUCGGCGCGCUUCCAGCUCGUGCACCGGUCACAGCGUGAUCCGCUUGCCGCCGAUUCCGACGCGCCGCAGCUCGUGCUCAGACCCAUCAACGUGCCAGAGCACCUUGCCGACAAGUUCGAGGGCGCAAUGGCCCCGCAGCUCCCGUCCAACGCCCGCGUCGUCCCCAUCGGCGCGCGUGUCGCUCCCGACGCACGCAACGUCGUCGGUCACGACGAUGAAGACGACGACGACGACGACGAGGAUGGCGACGAUUCGGACUUGGACACGAUUGAAGGCGAUGAUGAGGAGGACGAGGAUGAUGAAAACCCGUUCAGCGACGCUGAAGAUGAAGACGCAACAGCCUCAGAUUCUGCUGCUGCUGGUGCUGCUGCUGCCGGGACAGCGGCAAAAGGUACAAAGGCCACUUCUGCCAAGGACGCCCAAAAUGCAUCUGCCAAGCCACGACGAACCGCUGUUGGCGCUUUCGAAGACGCAGACGAAUCGCCCGAGGUGCAGGCGAAACUGCAAACCUCUCAGUUCGCCCGAAAGGAACAACUCGCACAGUUUGGCGUGUACUUUGGCGACAAUUACGACUACAUGAAGCACUUGAAGACGAUUGGCAACAGUGGCGACGGCGUUUUCGUUGCUGCCGACUCCAAAAAGAUGAUUGCUGGAUUGCCCGCCGACCUGUUUGCCUCGGCCGAUGAGACCAAAGUCGGCCUGAUGAACUUGCAAGCCGCACCAGCCACCGCCAUCGGACUCGACUGGGACCCGGAAAUCGUCGCAGCCCUGGACGCCAGUGAUGAUGAAACAGACAUGGGCCCGGAGCUCGAAGACGACUUUAUCUCGAUGGCCAACGCCACGGACGGCGUCGAUGUGGAGGGGGACGCCGACCUCGACAGGGAGCUGGGCUUGAACAGCGAUUCGGAGGACGACACUACGACUGGCCAGUUUGAGCGCCCCGGCAUGACGGACGCCAAGGCGGAGAUGCUCGCGCGCUUUGGACUGAGCGCCGGCAAGCGGCUACCAGCGGGUCGCUCGGACGACGAGGACGACGACGACGAUUCAAACUUUGGCAGCGAGGCAGAAGACCGUCUGGCUGAUUUGGACGAUGGACGCUUCGAUCUGGACAGCGAAGCGACCAGCAAGAGCCGUCGCCGCGGACCGAGCGACAACAAGUCGCGCAUGAGUAACUUUUCAAUGACGUCGUCUGUGAUGCGACGAAACGACGGCCUGCAAUUGCUCGACGAGCGCUUUGAUCACGUGUUGGACGCUGCGUACGCCGACGACGAGAUUGGCGCGUUGGACGAGGAGGGCGAGUUUAUUGCCGGUAGUGGCGACGUUGGUCAUUUUAGCUCGCUGCUUGACGAGUUCCUCGAAGAGCGCGAGCUUGCAUUGCGUUACAGUAAAGAGGAUGAGGGCGAAAUCAAGAUGCGUCGCAAGACGGCCCGACCUGCCAUCACCAAGAGCCGCAGCAAUUUCGACGCCGUCCCACCACCACUGCCCGAGCCCAGCGCCGCAUCCACAGAAGAUGUGUUUGAUGUGUCGGACGACGAGAGCAGCGAUGACGACCGUGCUCCCAUCAUGGAGCGCCUCUAUGUCCCGCCCAAGCCGCGCGAUCUGCUGGAUGCAUUGAGCGUGUCGUCAAACCAGUUCAACCACCCUACCUUAAUUAAAGAGCCAAUUAUCCGCCUGUCCAAGAAGACGGGCUUGCCGAUUGGCGUGCUUUCGACCCGAGGUGCUGGCAAGAUGGAUGACGAACGCGGUGUUCUUACGACAAAGUCCCUGAGUCGUCACGACCAGCGUCAGGCUCAGCAAGACGCCGAAGACGACGAGGAUGACGACGUGAGUGUGGCCGAAUCGACUGUUUCGACGAUUCGCGAUAAGAACGAGACGCCCGAAGAGCGUCGUAUUCGAAAGCAGGCCGUCAAAGCUCAGCGCAAGGAGCGCCGAGUGGUCAAGAAGGCUACAAAGGAUGCUUUCAAGGUGGAAGAGCUGCGUCAACAACACUUGUCAACAUCGCGAAAGGCUGCCAAUCAGGGAAUCAAAAUCCAAUAACCACGACGACGACUCUCGACUGACUGUUGCACCCGCCUUGUUGCACUUGUUGGAAUAUCACUGUAUUUUUUUCGCUUUGCUUUCAAACCUUAACAAGAGAAAAAUGCGAAACUCAUAAAAAGAAAGACAAUUCCAGACUCA